CGCGAGUCUUUUCCCUUCCCGGCAGGUACAACCGUGAUUACCGCCUGCCUGAUUGGUGGAUUGUGCCGAGCCCGAGUCCUCGGCCUGAGCUCUCCGGAGAUAAACUGGCAAAGCAGCAAAACGGCGUUGUUCAUUGCUUUGUUGUAGCAGCCCGCCUUUGAACUCGCGACUAUGUCGGCGAGUAGAUCAUUGUUGCGCCAAUGGCCUCGUCUCCUUUGUCGCCCGUCUGGUAGCAUCUCCAGACCGUGCUAUGUGCAAGCACGUCUGCAGCUUGCUCAUCUGAGGACGACACCUCCGAGAGGCUAUGCCACGGUCUCCGCGGCGGAGUGCAAGCUCGGACAGCCAGUCCACGAGACACAUCCCCAUAUCCUCCAAGCUGGUGAACUGACUCCAGGGAUAACCGCUCUCGAAUACGCCCAGCGUCGGUCCAAGCUUGCCAAUAAGCUCCCCAAGCAUGCCAUUGCUGUGGUGGCAGCUGCGGAAGUCAAAUACCGUGCAGCAGGGAUAUUUUAUGAAUACCACCAAGACCCGGACUUCUUCUAUCUGACAGGGUUUAAUGAACCAGGCGCCCUGGCCAUUAUUGCCAAUGAUGGAUCCGGCAACAACCAUAUCUUCCACCUUUACGUGCGGGAAAAGGACCCUCGAGUUGAGCUGUGGGACGGAGCACGGUCUGGUACACAGGCAGCCAUGGAUGUGUUUAAUGCAGAUGAGACUGGCGAUAUCGAGAAGAUUAAAGAUAUCCUCCCUUCGAUUCUCUCUGGGGCUACAGAAGUCUACACGGAUAUCAAGGCUUUCGAUCCCUCACGAUCGGUACUAUCUCAUUACCUCUAUGGCUCUGCUGGAGAGUCAGAUUCAAUCAAGAAGCUUGUCGAUCCUCGCAAAGUCAAGCCGCUGCGACCAAUCCUCAACGAAAUGAGAUUAUUCAAAAGUGAGAGUGAGGUGGUAAAUAUGCGGCUGGCUGGCCAGGCAUCUGGCAGAGCUUUCACGGAUUCUAUGAAGGGCGACUUCACCAGAGAGAAGGAGCUUAGUGCAUUUCUGCAGUAUCAGUUCAAGGCUAACGGCUGCGAUGGAAAUGCUUUUGUCCCUGUUGUUGCGGGUGGUCGUAACGCUUUGAGCAUACACUACACAAGAAACGAUGAUGUCCUGAGAGACGGAGAACUGGUUUUGGUGGAUGGUGGUGGUGAAUACGGCCACUACAUCACCGAUAUCACGAGGACCUGGCCUGUUAACGGAAAAUUUACUGACCCUCAACGAGACCUGUACACUGCUGUGUUGAACGUGCACCGCAGCUGUGUGGCACUUUGCCAUGAAGAUGCUGGGCUGUCUCUUGAUAAGCUACACGAAAUCGCAGAAAACGGUCUCCGUGACCAAUUGAAGCAGCUAGGCUUUGACGUCUCUGGGAACGCCAUGCGGACGCUGUUCCCCCAUCAUCUGGGUCAUUUCAUUGGCCUCGACGUCCACGAUUGCGCUGGCUAUCCAAGGCGCUAUAACCUCAAAGCUGGCCAAUGCAUAACGAUCGAACCCGGUAUCUACGUUCCCGACGACGACAGGUGGCCUGAGAAAUUCCGAGGCAUUGGGAUCCGUAUAGAGGACAGUGUGUGCGUCGGAGAUGACAGCCCGAUCGUUUUGUCACCAGAGGCCGUGAAAGAGGUGGAAGAUAUCGAGGCCUUGCGGGGUUAAGCUGUAGACUAACGGAAAGAUACCCAAAACAUAUUCCUGUACCAUAGAAUUACUGCAAUGAAAAGCAUGACAACUAGGAUAUCGGCUGUUUUUUUGGGAUUGUUUACCAUGGGCAGUAGUUGUUUUGAAUCUGUAGUACACGUAACAACAGGCCACUGCGGACGGCAAGAAGGCUGUAAAACGAGCACAAUGUCCUUUAACGAGCAAGUGAACAAACCAACUACUUGAAAGACGCGUUCUGCCAUGCUGAAGAAUGCUCUGUAGUUGCGCGCUGGAUGUU